GAUACUUGCUAGCAGUUCCUGAGCAAAGAUGAAGGCACCGACGCUGGCGCUGGUGCUGGCCCUCGCGCUGCUGGUGCCGGCCUCUCGGGCCCGUCGCCUCGGGGGAGGAGGAGGCGGAGGAGGAGGCGGUGGAGGCGGAGGUGGAGGCCACAACGGCGGCGGACACCACGGAGGCCACCAUGGAGGAGGAGGCAGUGGAGGAAACCACGGUGGAAACCACAACGGCGGAACCGGUGGAGGGUUCGGAGGAGGAGGUGGUGGAGGUCACAACGGAGGAGGAGGACUCGGAGGCAGCGGGGGACUUGGAGGCGGAUCCAGAGGAGGAUUCGGAGGCGGCGGGGGACUUCGGAGGAGGAUUCGGAGGCGGCGGGGGACUUGGAGGCGGAUCCGAGGAGGAUUCGGAGGCGGCGGGGGACUUGGAGGCGGAUCCGGAGGAGGAUUCGGAGGCGGCGGGGGACUUGGAGGCGGAUCCGGAGGCGGAGGAGGAUUCGGAGGCGGCUUUGGUGGCUGUGAAGAUUCCUGA